GUGAUGAUGAAUGAUGAAUGAUGAUGCUUUCAAUCACCAACAAAAGAAAACAAAGAACAAAUUCCCCAUUUCUCUCUCUCUUCUUCUUCUUCUUCUUCUUCUUCUUCUUGUUUCUUUCAUUCAUGUCUAAAUUGUUUUCCCUUCACUUUGCUCUGCAACUUCAAAACACAUAAAAAAAGUAUAUAUCAAUGGAGGAGAAUGAAAACUGUGGGUGUUGGGCAGUCCUUAAACGCACCGUUUCCGAUGUUUCCAAAUCUUCUCCUUCUUCUAAACAUUCUCCCAACUCCAUUCCUCGCCUUACUUUGCUUUACGAUUCAGCUACCGAGACCCGAUACUUAAACGCAAGCGACCGAGAUUUCUGUGCGCCAGCCGAACCUCGGCUAUCCUUCGACAAUGCUCCGUUGCCGACGAGGUUGGAGGACAAAUAUAAACCCCAGUUGCUGAAAUUUUCAUUUCAGGAACUAAGAUCGGCGACCGGGAAUUUCCGGCCAGAUAGCAUUCUCGGAGAAGGAGGGUUUGGAUUCGUUUUCAAAGGAUGGAUUGAAGAGAAUGGGACGGCGCCGGCGAAACCUGGAUCGGGAAUCACUGUCGCCGUUAAAAGCUUGAAACCGGAUGGUCUUCAAGGACACAGAGAAUGGGAGGCUGAGGUUAGUUUUCUUGGACAGCUUCAUCAUCCUAAUCUUGUUAAACUUAUUGGAUAUUGUAUUGAAGAUGAUCAAAGGCUUCUUGUAUAUGAAUUUAUGACGCGUGGUAGUCUUGAAAAUCAUCUUUUCAGAAGGACUAUACCUCUUCCAUGGUCAAACAGGAUUAAAAUUGCACUUGCUGCAGCCAAAGGCUUGGCCUUCCUCCACAAUGGUCCAGAACCUGUCAUAUAUAGAGAUUUCAAAACAUCAAACAUAUUGCUUGAUACGGAGUACAAUGCGAAGCUUUCGGAUUUUGGUUUGGCAAAGGCUGGGCCUCAAGGAGACAAAACACAUGUUUCCACCAGAGUAGUUGGAACAUAUGGCUAUGCUGCACCAGAAUAUCUAAUGACAGGGCAUUUGACUUCAAAGAGUGAUGUUUAUAGCUUUGGCGUUGUCCUACUCGAGAUCUUAACAGGAAGGAGAUCAAUGGACAAGAAACGUCCAAGUGGUGAACAGAACCUAGUGUCAUGGGCUAGGCCAUAUUUAGAUGACAAAAGGAAGCUUUACCAUAUAGUGGACCCUCGUUUGGAGCUUAACUACUCCAUCCAGGGCGUUCAAAAAGUCUCUCGACUUGCUUCUCACUGUAUCAGUAGAGAUCCAAAAUCUCGUCCUACCAUGGAUGAAGUUGUCAAGGUUCUCGUUCCUCUACAAGACCUUAACGACCUUGCCAUCCUAGCAUAUCAUUCGCGCUUGUCUCAGCAAGGUCGUCGAAAGAAGAAAUCAGAUGGACUGCACCAGUUAACAUACACUCAAUCAAGAAAUAUUAGAACCUCUCCUUUGAAUGUUGGAGUUCAUCGUCGUCGAUAAAUCGUAUGCCGCUGCAAUUAAGACUUUUUGUGUAUUGGAAUAUAUAAUUCAUCAGAUCAGCCAGAGAGCAAGAGAUGGAAGAGGGAAAGGUACAUGAUAAAAGCUUCUACUUCUUUUCUUCUUCUUCCAAAUCCUAUCCUAAGAAAGCUGACCAUCAAUUUGGGACUUCUGAAUUUCACUGUAUGGCUGUUUUUUCUUUUGUCAUAUAGAUGCAAUCUUAAGAUCAUCAUUUGUAGCCUCGUGAUGCCUCAAGAAUGUCGGUUUCACUGAGUUUGGAAUUAUUGGUCAUUGUGCUUCUUGUGGUUGUGUAUCUUUUAUAUUGCUGGCUAGCAUCUGCAAUUUCGAACUCUAACUUUUUCCUUCAAUUGGAUAUCAACUUUUUUUACCAA